GUCCGUCCUCACCAACCCCUCGACAACCCCGCUUCUUACUAACAAAAAUGGCCAAAGCCGCCAAACCCGUCGUCUCCAAGCACAAGUUCGUCAUCGACUACUCCAAGCCUGCGGGCGAUGGUGUCUUCGACGGUGGGCUGUACGAGAAGUUCCUCCGCGAUAGGAUAAAGGUCGAGGGCAAGCCUGGUCAGCUCGGGGAGAGCAUCAAGAUCUCCAAAGAGGGCACCAACAAGCUCGCCGUCCAGGCUAGCAUCCCAUUCUCCAAGCGCUACCUCAAGUACCUCACGAAGAAGUUCCUCAAGAAGAACCAGCUGCGUGACUGGAUCCGUGUCGUCGCAACCGAGAAGGACAGGUACGAGCUCCGCUUCUACAACAUCGCGGAGGAUGCAGAGGAGGAAGAGUAGACGUUUCCCCGUUCUUCUUUUCCUGGUGCAUGAGUGUGUGUGGAUGUCCUUUGCUUUAGGUAUCGUCCCGACGACCCGACCCGAUGUAUCCUAGAUCUAAUGAUCAUGAGUUAAUGCAUCGGCGUCGCCUCCGG